CCGAUAACAUCAUUGGAUCGCUGCCUAACCGUCGCUAUUUUCUUAUUUUCAGGAACUGGCCAUUUCUGAGGGCCCUGUGUGGGGAUUCGGAAAAGAGGGUUCCCCCCCCCGACCCCGCCCCCCUGUUACGCAGUUUGGUUUUCCCGGCUCCGUCCGAACUGGAAGGCGCGCCAGGGCUGCCGCGCUGGGCGCAGGCGCGGAGGCCGGGAGUUGACACCUCCGGGCUCGGCCCCCGGCUUGCGGGCCCAGAGAGGCCGGGAGGGUGUCAGCGCGCACGCGCACGCGCACUUAGUAGCGUUCUCGCUGCGGUCCCAACUCCGCUCCCGGAGUCCGUCAGGCGCGGCCCCUCUCCCGCGGCCCGGGGUGCAGCAGUCCCGUCGGAGCUUCUUCGGUCGCUCCGGGCAGCGGUCCCCGGGAGCGGCCUCCGCCCCGGCCGCGAAGGUGGGGGCGGUGCUGCUCCGCGUCGCCUCCGCUGCCCGGACAGCGCCGCGGCCCUUGCCGGCGUCCCAGGAGGGGGCGGACGCGGGGGACUCGGACCACAGCGACCCGUUCUCGUUCCUGGGCCCGAUGCAGCCCACCGGCCACAGCCGCCUGAACCCGGAGCCGCGCGAAGACCUGCGGCGACGGCUGUGGCGCCUCAUAGAGACCAACCGCGUGAUGAUCUUCAGCAAAAGCUACUGCCCCUACAGCACCAAGGUAAAAGAACUCUUUACUACUUUGGGAGUAGAAUGUAAAAUCUUGGAACUUGAUCUAGUUGAUGAUGGACCCAGGGUUCAAGACCUGUUAUUGGAGAUAACUAGUCAGAAGACAGUACCUAAUAUAUUUGUGAAUAAAAUCCACAUGGGUGGAUGUGACAAAACUCUGCAGGCUCACCAGAGUGGUUUACUACAGAGACUUCUACAGGAUGAGUCAGCGACUUAUGAAUAUGAUCUUAUUGUAAUUGGUGGUGGUUCUGGUGGACUGGCGUGCUCUAAGGAAGCAGCAGUUUUGGGGAAGAAGGUUAUGGUACUAGAUUUUGUUAAGCCAUCUCCUUUGGGCACAACAUGGGGUCUUGGUGGCACUUGUGUAAAUGUUGGCUGUAUUCCUAAAAAGUUGAUGCAUCAAGCUGCCCUUUUGGGGCAAGCCUUACAAGACUCCAGGAACUUUGGCUGGGAGUAUGAGGAACAUGUUAAGCACAACUGGGAGACCAUGAAAGAAGCAAUUCAGAACCACAUAGGCUCUUUAAAUUGGGGUUAUAGGGUGUCUUUGAGAGAGAGAGCUGUAACAUACUCCAAUGCCUAUGCUGAAUUUGUUGAAGACCAUAAAAUAAAGGCAACCAACAAGAAAGGAGAGGAAACCUUUCAUACUGCAGGGAAGUUUGUCAUAGCAACAGGUGAAAGACCCCGGUAUUUAGGAAUCCCGGGAGAUAAAGAAUAUUGUAUCACUAGUGAUGAUCUUUUUUCCCUGCCUUAUUGCCCUGGAAAUACUUUAGUUGUGGGGGCUUCUUAUGUUGCUCUGGAGUGUGCAGGAUUCCUUGCUGGUAUUGGGCUAAAAGUCACAGUUAUGGUACGGUCCAUCCUUCUUCGUGGCUUUGAUCAGGAAAUAGCGGAGAAAAUAGGUGCUUAUAUGGAAAUGAAUGGGGUGAAGUUCCUCAGGAAAUACAUACCUGUGAAGAUUCAGCAGUUAGAAGAAGGCACACCUGGAAAACUGAAAGUGGAAGCCAAAUCUACAGAAGGGUCAGAAACUAUCGAAGAAGAAUAUAACACAGUUUUGUUAGCCAUUGGUCGAGACUCCUGUACAAGGAAAAUUGGCUUGGAGAAGAUUGGUGUCAAAAUCAAUGAGAAGACUGGAAAAAUACCAGUAAAUGAUGAAGAACAAACCAACGUGCCCUAUGUUUAUGCUAUUGGGGAUGUAUUAGAGGAUAAGCUAGAGCUCACCCCUGUUGCUAUACAGGCAGGAAAGCUGUUGGCACGAAGACUUUUUGGGGGCCGAUUAGAAAAGUGUGAUUACAUUAAUGUGCCAACUACAGUGUUUACUCCUUUGGAAUAUGGUUGCUGUGGAUUGUCUGAAGAGAAAGCCGUGGAAUUAUAUAAAAAAGAUAAUGUAGAGGUAUAUCAUACCUUUUUCUGGCCUGUUGAAUGGACAAUAGCCGGCAGAGAAAACAAUGCUUGUUUUGGAAAGAUAAUUUGCAAUAAACAUGACAACAAUCGGGUGAUAGGAUUUCAUGUUCUUGGCCCCAAUGCUGGUGAGAUUACCCAGGGCUUUGCAGCUGCAAUGAAAUGUGGCCUCACCAAGCAGUUGCUUGAUGAUACUAUUGGCAUCCAUCCUACCUGUGGUGAGAUCUUCACAACUAUGGAAAUUACAAAGUCAUCAGGUCUGAGUAUCUCUCAGAAAGGUUGCUGAGCUUAGACCCUGCUGCUUUAUAGUUUUCCUUGUUAUGUAUACUUUUCUCAGAUUUAAAAAACUAUAAAUAUGCUCAGGUAAAAGAGAAACAGAGCAAAUUUGUUAGUGCUCAGAAAAGAUACAAGCCUUUUCUUUGGUUGUUAUAGGAAAGAUCAUCAACAAGGAAAACGGCAUAGCAGCAGGGUAUUUGCCUAAGAAAUCUUGACUUUCUUGGAAAAGCAGUGAUCCUGCUUUCUUGACGUCCUAGCUCAGAACCCCAUUGUGAGGUGAGCUACGACUGAUGAUUCCCUUGCAAGUCAGGACUCCUCCCUUUCCAGUUUAGAUGACCGAAGUCCUCCCGAAGGAACUCGUGAGUUGCACAAUUAGCCACAGUUAACUUGCCCCAGUUACCAACAUGUUUGUCCCUUUACUUUGUUAUUUGUAUAAAAACUUUACCCAGAAGUAAAGUUGAUUGUCAAACUGCGCUAUUUUAACAGAUCAACCUAGAAUUCACAGCGGGUCUCUUAUGAAUUGGACUUGGAAAUGGAAAUAUUUCUGAUAAGGUGUUCAGAUAUACAGUAGGUUUGCUUGAGUGCAUGGGUUGCCAUAAAAAUUCUGUACUACUCAGAGGAUUUUUUGCCUGGCGGUUUGUGAUGGAAUUGUUAAGUAGCAUACGAAUGCUCCUCAUUCUUGUUUGUUUGCCCUUUGGCACAACAGAGAUUGAGCUAGGCUGUAGCCUCAGACAAUGCUCCACAUUGUCUAGGUAAUGUUCUCAAUAAACCAUUUUCUCUGGGAGUGCGUUUUAUCUCCCACCCUUUUAGAGGCUUGACUCAUGAUUUUCUCGCACUCAUGCAUUUCCUUCUAUCAUUAACAUACCUGAGGCUAUUUUUCCCCAUGGUAUUCUCUCUAGUAAGAGAAAGUUUCUCACCUCAGGGGGGAAAAUGCUUGCAUUUUUUUCACUCUGGUCCAAAGAAUAAAAUUACAAGACUGUUUCCAA